UUAUAAACAAAUUAAUCUCAUAUUCUAUCGUGUUCUAAAUUUUAGAUUUCAUAUUGAUCUCUUAGCUGUAACCGUACGAAUUUUGUAAUGCAAGUCAAACACUUCUCCCAUCUUUUUUGUUGUUUUUUUUUUUUUUUUUUUAAUUAUGAUUUUUCACUAGAAAAUACACACUUGAUAUUGAAUUGUAAAGUUUUUUUUUUAAAAAAAAAAAAAAAACCAAAGAAAAUUUCCUAUGGUCUCUGUCCAGUCUGUGCGUAAGCUGUCUCCCUUCCACAGCUCUCUCUGACUCCUCCAUUAAUGCCAAACAAAGAAUUCAUCUUUCCCUCAUUAUUUGAACCCCGCGAAAAAAGAAAGCAAAAAAAUGGCCAACAAAGUGAAAAAGCUUCCUAAUUUUCUCAAUAAAUCCCCAUGGCUAUGGCGUUCCUGCUCCCAAUCCAGAACCCUCUCUUUUCGCACCUCUAACGACAUCUUCAGAACCAUCAACUCAGCCUACGAAGAAGAAGAAGAAAACCCAGCAGCCGACAUGUCGGAUGAUGAUGACCAAAUUGAGGCCUUAGUGAGAGGGCUAAGGUUAAGGCAGGGGAAGCGGCUGUUUUUGGAGCUGGAAGAGACUAAUUCCAUAAUGGCGGCGGCGGCGGCCGUGGCUGUGGGCGGAAACAACCAGGUUCCAUUCAAGGAGAGCGUCGCAAUGGCAAUGGAUUCAAAGGAGCCAUAUUUGGACUUCAAGAAGUCGAUGGAGGUGAUGGUGGAAGCUCAUGGAUUGAAGGAUUGGAAAGGCAUGGAAAUGCUUUUGAGUUGGUAUUUGAAGGCUAAUGGAAAGCCUAAUCACGACCUCAUUAUUGGAGCCUUUGUGGAUUUAUUGGUUGAUCUUGCUUUUGCUUCCUCCUCCUCCUCUUCCUCCUCCUCCUCCUCUCUUCUAUACUCUUCUUCUUCGUGUUCUUCGUGUUCUUCCUCAACUCAUGUUACUAUUCCUUGUCUAUCUUCUUUGUUCCAAGAGGAGGAAGAAGAUUUUUAAUUAAUCAACUACGAUAAUAUCCUUUCCGAUA